AUGCCGUUCAGCCUCCUGUCGCCUCUUCCUCUUCGCCCACCCUUCCGCCUACCAUCAGCCAAUCUCUGUCGCCGGCCCCUUUCAUCGUCAGCCGCCAGUCGGACCACAGCCUCACCGCAUGCUCUGGAGGUGCCGAAGGGGUUGAGGCGACGAGAUGUCUGGUGCAGCAGACAUUCUGUCUCCGGGCCUAGACCCCAGUCUCCCUGUCAAUCCUCCCUCUGGCCCCUUCGGAGGCCAAUGGGCCUAAACAUUUACCCCAUUGGUUGCGCCAAUUUAUGA